AUGGAUAAAUUAUUUCAUCAUGUUUUAAUUACAAACAAAUAUCUAUCAAAGUUGAUAUGGAGUAAGGUGCCUGUAGUACAUAGAGUACUGCAAAUCGACACAAAGAAGGUGUCUGAAAUGGUGUCGUUGGCAGACUAUAUCACCUUCGGUAUCACUGAUCGAUUCAUCCAAUCAUUUACGUUGGAUUAUGUUAAUACUGUCAUUGAUCGAUCUAAUGCAAGAUAUUAUUCAGAGUUGUUUGAAUUAAUAUUGAAAACAAAGAAUCAAGUUGCAAUGAUUCAUAUGAUUGAUAUAUUGACAAGAGUUGAUAGAUUUAUAUUCGAACCAAAUACACCUUUAUCAUCAAUCAUAAUCAAUAUUGAAAUGGUUACAAUACUACAACAAUAUCUUACAAGACCUACUUCACCAAACAACACAUUUAAAUUCAAACAAAGUGAUUCAUUAUCAUUGAUGAACGAGAGAAAUGAUGAAAAGUGUAUACCUAUUCCUACACAACGUCAAAUAUUCUAUCAUUUCAAUAAUCUUGCAGAACCCAAAGACAAUGACAAGAUCGUCGUCAUGAAUGUAGAUUUCAAUGUGUUGGAACAAAUGUUGAUAGAGAUUAUAACCAAAUGCUCAAAAGUGUUUGGUGGUGUAACAUGGAGACGAUUGCUUAGAGGCUCGAUUGCACUCAAUCUCAUCAAGGUGCUAGAGCUCAUCGCUCGUCUCCUCUCCUCGGACACGAUUAUCCUCGUUGAACUUGAAUCAUUCCCUCCAAGGGGCACAACGCAACACCUCGAAUUGUUUCAUACUGCCAUUGUGAAGCAUCUAACCGUCGUAUCGCCCCACACCCAAGUCGCUGUCGACAAUGACAACAUUGACUAUUUGGUCUAUUGUAGCAAGAAUUUUAGUGAUUUCUGGAAGAUCAAUGGUCUAUCCAUAUUUGACAGUGCACUCAAAACAGGCAAACAUCGCAUCACUAAUUAUAUUUUGGACAAUAUGGUGUUGUUGGAAUGUAAAAAGACUGAUGAUAAUAAUAAUAAUAAUAGUAGUAGGAUCUCGAUUGAAGAUAUCUCACCACAACUCAUUUCUCUCAGAAUGAUCAACUGUCUGUUUGAAUUGGUCACCAUCCACCAGUCUGAUAUCCUCUCGGGUACAUUUUCAAAGUUUUUGGGACGGGCUAUCCAAGCACAAGAUUAUUCAUUGGCAAAGUACUUGUUAAACGACCAACCGGCGGCUGUUCAAAAUGAUUUAGAAUUUGCAUUUGAAAUGGCAUUAGUGUCAGACAAACAAAUUGCUUUGGAGAUGCUCGUAUCAUACUCGGAGAAAACAGGUCAGAGUCUCCCAUUGCCACUCAAAUCGACGAGCUCGGCAAAAAACCAACGCUAUAUCUUGGAGAAAUUCUCAGUGGCUCAUCCAAUUCAAGAAUUGAUCAUACCACUCGGUAUUCUCGUCAAUCAAGAAACUAUAAGAAUCGUACGAUCACUUGGUGGUGACCCAAUGAAAAUCUUUCCUUUGGAAGAUCUUGUAAAUGUUGCACAACAUUUACAAUGUCUUGAAGGAAUCGACUUUGACUAUCAUAGAGACCAAGAUAAAUUUGGACAACUCGUAGAGUUGGCCAUUAUCAACCAAAAUCCAAUCAAUGGAUUAGAGAUCAUCAAACUAUUAUUCGAUCAGGUAAAGAACAACGAGGAUCUAUCAAAUACAGACAAACAAAAACUGUAUGACUCUGAACAGGGAUUUAUUCAAUUUGCAUUUUCACACAAGCAUGUCGAAUCUUUAAUGAUGGACGACGAUGAUUCAAUAAUCGAGUAUUUUUGGAAUGUUUUGUAUUCUGGUCAAAAAUACAAAGACAAAAGAGUUAUUCUAAAGGGAUUCCGCAAGUUUAAUAGCGGCAUUCAAAACUCCCAACUUUUAUCAAAAAAACAAUUCACCAAGGUGGUUGAUAAAUUGUCGCAACUUUCUGAACAAGCAAUGAAUGGAAAUCAAAAAGAUAUUAAAGAAAUCAGAGUUUAUUGUCAUAAACUUGAAAAUUUAAUCAUUAAGAAUCAACAUUAA